AUGUCGUCGAUUGCACGACCACCUGACCCAUGUCUUGUUGCAAUUAUCCUGAUAGUACGCUCACGCACAGGGCCACGCCUCGUCUUCCACUACCCUCCGAACCCACUCAGUGAGAGUCGCCUGAAAACCACCACCAAGGGCGGCCGUCGCGUCCGCACCCGCACCGGACAGGGCUCCAAAAACACUGAUUCGAGCUCAAGUGAUGAUAGUGGACUGAGUUCUGACGAUGAUGAUGAGGAGCGAGAAUCCCAAAGUCAGAGUCAAAGCCAGAGUCAAAGCCAGAGCCAUAGUGGAGGUGUGAGCUCCGUGCUGGCCGGUCGCCGUGCGAGCAACUUUGGCCUUGAUGAACAUUUAUCUGUCGCUACUUCACCAGCGGCUGGCGAUGUUAAUCGUCCGGGAUCGCUAGGUUCUGGUCGCGGCUCGUCAAUGCGCAAACGCGGUGGUGCGGGUUCUGAUCCCGAGGAGGAUGGCACGGCCUCUGAUCGCCCUGAUGAUGGCCCUGGAAGUUCCAGAACACCUUGGGAGUCACUUUUGGGUGUGCCUGGAAGUGUUUGGGAGAAGUUACUCAGCCCUUCUCGCUCGUGGCAUAAGCGACGUUUUGAAGUCGGAAUAAACGAUUUGGCGCUAAUUGGAUGGCCGGUGUUUGUGCGCGAGGAUGGUACAUGGCGCAAGCAACGGCGAAAGAAAAAGAAGAAGCAGAAGCCUCGUGCUGACUGGGAUGGUGGAGAGUUGGGCCACAAUGAGAAUGCCGAGGAUAGUCUGAAGGACGAACGAUUUGUUACUUCUCCUGAUCUGGGUGCUAGUGUCGCUUCCAUCGCGGAGUCUUUGACAUCGGCAACGGAUAGCAAGCGAGGAUCGACCAGCGGAAGACCCGGGAAAUUAGAUGAUACCCUUGACCCUGAAGACAAAGAUCAUAUGACAAUGUUUAAUGUGGUGUUUGUUGUUGAUCCACCUUUGUUGGAAUACUCCAUGCGCGUGAAGGACAUUUAUGAGAACAUUAUCAAGAAGUUUGCUAAAGCGCUCAAAUGGGAACAAGCUCGCACUGACUAUGUGUGGAGAGAAUCUCAGCACAUUUUGCAAGUGAGGAGGAGGGCAAGAGAGACAAAGACGUCAACUCAUAACCUUUACUCGGAAUUGAUCUCACAAUCCUCUCUGGCUCGUGCUAUCUACACAGUCUACAGCAGCAUAUCGGCAUCCAAGAUUGCAUCCGUCUCGCUCAGCCCCGAUGUUUCUCUCUCGCUGCAGAUUCCACCUCUGACCUCUACCCCGUGCCUUGCUGGUCCCAUGGAGAAAUCUUACCCGGGUUUAUGGUUGACCACAGCGGACAGCGCAACACCAGUCGAUGAACCGGGCACCGAUGAAAACAACAACCCUCAUCAAGUGUUGGCAAAGCACUUUGCUUUGCUGUUGUUGGACAGCGAAGCUGCCAUUAUCAAGGACAUUGAAGCUUCCGGCGGAGCGCUUGCUCCCGCACUUGCGCACUACAUUCGAUGCUCCAAGCCAACCAAAUCAUUUGCGCAGAUAUCAGUGUCUUCAGGAAUUCCCCUAGCGCACAUACAGAUGCUAUCGAGUCAUCUUGUGUAUUGGCGUCGUGCUCGCGCCAUUCCUCCCAUUCACCAACGAGACACCUAUAUUGUUUCUCCAAAUUGUGACCUGAGCAAAUUGGAAGUUGCUACUAUUGCCUAUCAGACAGCAUUCCCAACAUACCCGAGUCUGCCAAAGAUGUUAUCCACCCUUAGUGGUACUCCACGCCCAUAUAGCAACUUCAUCCCCAGCAAGGACCACAAGGAGAUAUACUUUACCAUCCUGGCUUGGUUGCUGCGUGGUGGCUGGGUCACCCAACUACGCACCUUCGCUCGUAUUAAGGUUUCACCUGAGAUCAAAAUCGCCGUGGAGACAGCCCUGAGAAAGGAAGAGGUCGACCGCUAUCUGGCAAAGGGCAACCCAAGCUCCACCUCGACUGAGGGGGACACUGAAUCUGAUGACGAAACUAACGACGCGAACUCAUCCUCGUCAUCUUCCCUCGCAAGCCAUGGCAGCGGAGAAGAAACACCCAUGCCCGGCCGAGUUGACCCACACGCCCAACUCCGCUUCUCUCACAAGCUCCUCGACCGAUCAACUGCUCUCCGGCUAUCCUCUUUCAUCCUCUCUCCCCAUCGGGCCUCUCCACUGGAAUCUCGCUGGCUCGAUGAGAUUGUCCGCCGAUUCCCUGACAAUCCCCAAAUUGACCAGGGUGGGGAGCAAAUCAGCCCGGAUAUCACGCCGAACGAUAUCCAAGCCCUCCGCAAGAAGUACUGGCCAGUUUUCCUCAAAUACUUCAAUGGCCACGAUGCCCUAGAGAAAAUUUCCGUGCGUGAGAAUCUCAAGCGCAAGCUGGUUUGGCAGGUUCUCAUGCGUUUGGGCUUGAUGACUGGUCCAUUAGGGUCAAUUGAUCUCGACGCACGCGAGCAGGUAUUGGUCAGUGUGCGGCAUUGGUAG